AUGCCGAGCAAAGAGGUGGUCUUCUAUGGCCUAAUGGCUGCCAUUGCCUGCGUGACGACAAUCGCCACUCACCACAGACUGGCGGUGCAGCUGUUCGAGAUGCAGUGGGCGCAGUCGGUGCAUUCGCACACGGUGCUAGAUACGUUUCACCAGCGGGUGGAUCUUCGGUACUUUGCCGGACAUGUGCUGGUUAUCGUGAACAUCGCCUCCCAGUGUGGAUUGACGGGGCAACAGUAUGCGGGCCUGACUCAGCUGCUGGCGAAGUACGGGGAGCGGGGCCUGCGAAUCCUCAACUUUCCCUGCAAUCAGUUUGGCCAGCAGAUGCCGCAUUCGGAUGGCCAAGAGAUGAUGGACCACCUGCGUCAGGAGAAGGCGAAUAUUGGUGAUGUCUUUGCCAAGAUCGAGGUGAAUGGACCUGGGGCCGCACCGCUGUACAAACUGCUCACGCGAAACCGCAGCAACCUGCGGGGCGGAAAGAUCGAGUGGAACUUUGUCAAGUUUCUGGUGGAUCGUAGGGGCCAGGUCUAUGCUCGCUACGGGGCCAAAGCGGAGCCAUCUGCACUUUCCGGUGACAUUGAGCGGCUGCUCGGUGAAGGGUCCAAAUAAAUAACGCACUCUUUCGGGAAAAACUGACAA